AUGUUACAGCGCUUGAAACGGCGCGAUACAAGGGGUAUACGUGCUCUUUUAGUGUCACCGACGCGAGAACUCGCCCUUCAAACGUUCAAAGUCGUCAAAGAGAUUAAUCGCAACUCCUGGUCGACUUCUUCAUGUCAUAGUCGAGAUGGAUCUGCGGCUGAGCUCUGUACAGUACAAUACUGCCAUGAAUAUUAUCGCCUGAGAACUCGACGUAUACCCGAAAGCAGACAAACCUUGCUCUUCUCGGCCACUUUACCGAAAAUGCUUGUGGAUUUUGCGAAAGCUGGACUAUCGGAUCCUAUGCUGGUUCGCCUCGAUGUCGACGAGAAGAUUUCGGAUCGGCUUUCAAUGGUGUUUGCAACCUGUAGAGCUGAUGACAAACUAGAAGUAUUGUUACACAUAUGCCGACAAAUGGAUGCUGAAGGCAAGCAAACUGUUGUGUUUUGUGCAACGAUGAAGCACGUUGAGUAUGUGGUAGGAAUCAUGAAUCGGGCUGGUAUCGAUAAUUCCUUCAUAUACAGUCAACUUGACGCCACGGCACGGAAACUGAAUAUUGCAAGGUUCGCGGAAAGGAAAAACAAUAUUCUCAUCGUUACUGAUGUAGCUGCACGUGGUGUUGAUAUCCCUCUGCUUGAUACAGUGAUCAACCUUCAUUUUCCUCCCAAAGCAAAAUUAUUCGUCCACCGUGUGGGUCGUGUAGCCAGAGGCGGCCGUAGCUCGGUAAGCGCGCGAUAUGCUCUGAUGCGUCCCGAUGAAUGCCAUAUCUAUGGCAAGACGCUGUUUUCGCUCUUUUUGGGGGAAACCCAUGCGGACUUUGCGUCAGAGCAUGAUGACAAACUAUGA